UUUAAAACACGGAAAACAGCCGCUUCUUCCUCUUUUCCCAUCACUGUGCAUGAGAGAACCAUGGAAGAAAUGCAGCUUUCUUCCUCAACAAUCGACCACCACCCGCCACCUGGACCACCAGAUCCCACUACCAUUCGAACCCCCUCACCUUCAUCUUCAACCUCUAGUCAUCACCGGGCCACGGAGUUGUCGAAAACAGCUCCAAUCACCACCCAAAAUCGCGCUACCAAUCACGAUUUUUGCCAUAUUUCCACCGCCGUUAGCCACCGUUUCGAUUGCAGACCACCAACACUCUCCUUCUCUCAACCAGGCGCAUCCAGUACCACCAUGGGUCACCUACAAUUUUGUCCAAAAUCGAGAGAGCUUGUGAAAGCAGUUCACCCGUUUAGACCCAAAACUGUGAUCUGGGUUUUGAAUGAAAAUUCAUUUGGUGAAAGAUCUUUUGAUUAUCCGAUUUAAGACGGUAGUCCACCGGCAUAUCAUUUUGAUAGGGGAUCUGGUGCAGGAAUUAACAAUUGGUUGUUUCAUAUCGAG